GACUUGUAAUACAAGAGGAAAAUGGCAUUCACUGGGACAACAGAGAAAUGCAAAACUUGCCAUAAGACUGUUCAUUUUAUUGAUUUAUUAUCAACUGACGGAAUUUCUUAUCACAAGACCUGCUUCAAAUGCAGUCAUUGCAAUGGACUUCUGGUGAUGAGCAGCUAUUGCUCAAUGGAAGGAGUCCUAUAUUGCAAGCCUCACUUUGAGCAACUCGUCAAGGAGACCGGUAGUUUCACAAAGAAAUUUCAAUCUGGGAAAUCUGACAAGCCAAAUGGACUGUCAAGGUCUUCUAGCAGGCUUGCAUCCUUCUUCUCUGGCACACAAGAUAAAUGUGGAGUCUGUAACAAAACCGCAUACCCGUUGGAGAAGGUGACUAUGGAGGGAGAAAACUACCAUAAAUCCUGCUUCAGAUGUUCUCAUGGGGGUUGCUUCCUUACAACAUCGUCAUAUGCUGCAUUGAAUGGCAUCCUCUACUGCAACCACCACUUUGCUCAGUUGUUCAAGGAGAAGGGCAGCUUUAGUCAUCUUACCAAGACAGCUUCCUUGAAGAAAAACUCAGCAGGAGCUUUAGUGGAACGAAAAUCUGAAUCUGAAUCUGAACCAGAAUCAAAUCCAGAAGAUGAGCGAAAACCAAAAGCAGAGGCAGACGCAGAAGAAAAAUCUGAUCAACCUGUUGCACAAGACCAAUAGUAGAAUGCUCACAGAACCUUCAUGGGCAUCGGGCUUAUCCGAGUUGGGUGUUGACGUUGUUCUAGUUUUCGUUCGUCUCAUGGAGAAGUUCCUGUGGCUCCAGCUCUCCCUGUGCUCCAAAUUAAUAUCAUUCUAAUUUAUAUGGAAAUCUUAUGAAACGGAAA